AUGAAUGACAAACUAAAUGUCUCACGGUUUUGGGAAGAAAAUUUUUCUAUUAUUCAACAAACUAAAGAUGUUCAGUUUCCAACGCCUGAAGAGGUUUAUUCAGACUUUAUUCUACGAACAGGACUAACACAUAUUGAUUUGGAAAAUUUCAAGGUUAUAACGUGUAGUCUUGGCAGAGGAAUACGCUUAAAUAAAAAACGUCGCAAAAACCAGAAGCGAUUCUACAAUGUCGCUCCGAAGCGUAAAAAACUACGAACAGAAGAACAUGACUUUGAUGCCAAUGAACCGAAAGAGGAAGAAAGCGUUACUAGACAUGAGAACGAAUUGUUAGACAAUUAUCUAGAACAUCAAGGGUCGAUGCAAAUUAACGCAAUGACAGUUUCAGCCUUGCGAGAGAAACAAAAUGCACCAUCGAGCAGAAAACAAACGUUUGAGAUUCUAAGGUGUAAAGGCCUUUAUAAGAAAUUUCCUAUGAGUAAGUUUGAAAAGUUCAUCUCAUGGCUCAAAUCGCCAUCUGGCGGCCAACUCGCAUGCACAGAUGAAAUAGCAAGUGAAGUUAGCAGAUUCCUAUAUUUUUCUUUUCCAACCAAGCUGAAAUGGAAUUGGCUGUUGGAUGCCAAAGCCCUCAACAAUUAUCUUAUUACUACAAAAGAUGCUGGUUUAGGCCCGGAUGGGCUUAAAUCAAAGAUUGAAAGAAUUACAAUUGCCCUGAAAUUCCUCGGCCAUAAAAAACCAAAGAUUAACACGAAAUGCAAAAGAGCUAUUGCAGAAUAUUCUGAAUGGCUUAAGCCACUUGCAAAACAAAAAAAGGUUCUACGAAUGCAAAAUUCCUGGAGGAAUGAGUUGUGUGGGUUUAACCUAACCAUGGAAGAUAUAGACACAGCUGUCUCUGAACAUACAAUUGCUCGAUUCAUUGCAAUCAUGAAACAAGCAAUGUAA